GACAGAGUUAACGUUUAGCUUAACAGAAUGGCAUCUUAGCUAGCACCGUGAUUCUAUCAACGGCAACAGCGAUAUUGGAGCAGCGGGUGUUGACUAUGAGGAGGUGGAGAAGAAAAAGCAUUAUAUUUGGAUUUAGGUUUUUUGGUUUCGGAGCAUGAACUUUGCUGGCAUUUUCGGGAUAAUGGCGGUUCGGCGUACAGAUGUGACCAGCUGAGUGAGGGAGGUUCAGCUGACAUCCUCAUAAACAGAACCUGAUCUGCUAUUUGUUUUGGAUCAUUUCCCUUUUAUUCUUCGUCUAAAUCAUGAACAAUAUGAAGGAUAAAUCGACGAUUCGCCAACAAAGCUCGGAGAACAACUCUGUCAGCAGUAGUGAAUGGGACAUGGCAAACGACGUGUUCGUGUCCUGCUACGACGAGAACCCAAUAGGAACCAGUGUCGGUCCCGAGGAGAGUGACCCGGCGCAGCCCGACAGGAACCGGCAUCUUCCGCUGCUGAGAGACGGCGAGCACCGGUUACCGCAGGACGUCAUGAUGCUGUCCGUGGACGGGGACGACUAUAAUGAUUCGACUUUUAUGGACCGAGACCCGAACUAUACGGAAAGUGACGGCAGCGUGACCACCAAGAAACGCAUCCGCUCCAACAGCUCCCGGCACCGGGGGGAGCUCGUCACGGAGCUCGGCCCGGAGCAGGUCCGGUGGUUCUACAAAGAGGACAAGCGGACUUGGAAACCGUUUAUAGGACACGACUCGUUAAAAAUCGAGACCGCCUAUGCGAGGUUUUGCGAGCAGAACCCGGACAGGCGCCCGGGUGAACUCGCAGAAGCGGAGGGAAAGUCUGGGGAGUCGGGAAGCGGGUCGUCGGAGGCGGGGGCUUCUCGCGGGGAGCGUCGGCGUUCCGGGUCGGAGGAGAAGAAGGAGCCUGGGGUCGUGAAUGUGGAAUCGGUGUGUGUCAGAGGGGGGCUUUAUGAAGUGGACAUCAAGGAGAAGGAGUGCUACCCCGUCUACUGGAACCAGCAAGACCGUAUCCCAGUGAUGAGGGGCCAGUGGUUCAUUGAUGGGACCUGGCUUCCCCUGGAGGAGGACGAGAGUGACCUGAUCGAGCUGGAGCACCUGGCCCGUUUUCGGGGCCAGCAGAUGCGAGACACGUAUGAGAUGGAGGCGGUGACCACCACGGUGGACAGCAAAGAUGCCAUCCACAGUCUGAAGCUGAGCCGGAGUCACGUUGACUGGCACAGCGUGGACGAGGUCUACCUCUACAGCGACGCGACCACCUCCAAAAUAGCGCGGACUGUCACGCAGAAGCUCGGCUUCUCUAAAGCCUCCAGCAGCGGCACCCGCCUGCACAGAGGGUAUGUGGAGGAUUCAGCACCUGAGGACACACCGCCUGAAACCACCCACAUAGUUUUCGUGGUGCACGGUAUCGGUCAGAAGAUGGACCAAGGCCGCAUCAUCAGGAACACCAGCAUGAUGAGAGACGCAGCCCGGAAGAUGGAGGAGAAACACUUUGCUGAUCGAGCAACAGAACAUGUGGAGUUCCUGCCUGUUGAGUGGAGGUCCAAACUGGCUCUGGAUGGAGAUACUGUGGACUCCAUCACUCCAGACAAAGUGCGAGGGCUGAGAGACAUGCUGAACAGCAGCGCCAUGGACAUCAUGUACUACACCAGUCCUCUGUACAGAGACGAGAUCACCAGAGGCCUGACCAACGAGCUCAACCGCCUCUACACGCUCUUCUGCUCUCGGAAUCCCGACUUUGAGAUGAACGGGAAGGUGUCCAUUGUCUCCCACUCGCUGGGCUGCGUCAUUACCUUUGACAUCAUGACGGGCUGGGACCCGGUUCGCUUCCAUUAUCAAGAGGAACCGGACCCGGAAGAAAUGCUGGCCCGCUGGCCCUGCGACGACCAGCGCCAUCUCCAAGAGCAGCUCAGACUCACGAGACUCAGGCUCAGGGACUUGGAGGACCAGAUCCAGGGUCUUCAGACUUUGUCCUGCGUUGCGGUGCCGGCUUUAAAAUUCAAGGUGGAGAACUUCUUCUGCAUGGGCUCUCCCCUGGCUGUCUUCUUGGCGCUGCGCGGUAUCAGACCAGGCAGCAAUGGAGUUCAGGACCACAUCCUUCCUACCUCUAUCUGCAAACGUCUCUUUAAUAUUUUCCACCCCACCGACCCUGUGGCUUACAGGCUUGAGCCUCUCAUCCUGAAGCACUACAGCAACAUAUCACCGGUCCAAAUCCACUGGUACAACACCACUUCCCCCAUACCGUACGACCAGAUCCGACCCACAUUGCUGAACCCCCCGAAGGAGACUACAUCUGUGUCAGACUCAGAGAGCAUCCCCAGCCCGUGCACAUCCCCGCCCCAAACCCGGAGACAUUAUGGGGAGUCCAUCACUAGCUUGGGGAAGGCCAGCAUCAUGGGUGCCGCGAGUAUUGGAAAAGGGAUCGGGGGGAUCUUGUUCUCCCGGUUCUCACGGUCCAGUGGGCAGGUCGGUGGAGCAGAGGAGGAGCAGCCUCCAGACGGCGAGAGUGGAGGCGGUGAAGCGGGCAGCACAUCAGGAGAAGAGGGAGCGGUGGUGUCCGACUGCGAGGACAAACAGGAGGAGGAGGAUAAAGAAGAGGAGGCUCCUGCCAUGUCACAGUCCACUUCAGCAGUUUUGGACAUCACCUCAUUGGAACUGGAGAGACGCAUCGACUUCGAGCUCCGCGAAGGUUUGGUGGAGAGCCGCUACUGGUCGACGGUGACUUCCCACACAGCCUACUGGUGCUCCUAUGACGUGGCUCUGUUCCUGCUGACCUUCAUGUACAGACCUCAGGAGCAGCCAGACCCUGCAGAGGACACCCUCGAGUCCUCCUAACAUAAACACACACACAAACGGAAGAGGCAGCCAAAUUACUCUCUUGACAUAUCUCCAAACAAAAGACUUUUUCACGUUUAUACUCUAAACCAGAGUUCUCAAAAAGCCUGAUAUUUUCCUUGCUUCAUUUUAGACAGAUUCUUUGUCUCUUAAAACUAGAGUGAAUGGUUUGUUUUUGCCUUUACCAGAGGGGAAUGAUUCAAACACACACACACACACACAGACUCAACACAACGUCUCAUAUCUGACCUAGUUUAGACACUGUGACUUAGACCUCCUGUGCGAAAACUUUCUCGUCCAUAGCGCCCCCUGACUGUCUCUAUUGACUUGCCUUUGAGGUAUUUCUUUCCCGCCAAUCAUCUUCACCUGUGCAAUUGCCCUGAAACAAAGCCACUUUCAGAUUUGCUCCUCAACACAUGUGGCUCUGUAAUGUAGCGCUUCCUUCCCGAACAUCCAUCCUGUUAGUGGGACAAAGCUGAAAUGCGAUCAAUUGGAAAAUGUGCUGAAUCAUCACUGAAUAUAGCACAAAGCACGUGGCCCUUUGCAGUCAGAGUACUGCGUCUAAUGAUACGUGGUGAGUCACAGUCAAGGCUGUGACUCUAAUAUAUAGCAUCUGAAGAGUCAAUCUCCAUGUCGCGCCAGCGCUAAAGCGCUCACUUAGCUGUGGUUAGCGCCUCUAGUAAACGCCUUUUUUUUUUCAAUUUAGUCUGAUGUUUUAUAUCGCAGCUCAUCCUGUUUUCCAUCAGUGCCUCUUACACGCCCUAAACUAAUUUCCUGCUCUCUGUUGAACACUUUCUUCAUGGACAUUCAAAUGGUUGAAAAAGAGCCAGUGUUGCUGGACGGAGUGUGUCCUCUGUUUAUUGGCUAUGAAUAAGACUGCAGAGGCAGAGAAUCAUGACCAACCCGAACUGUAGUCGAGGGUUAGGCGCAGUGAUAAUCGUAUAGUAGAUGAAGGUGUGCUGAGACCUUUGUGAGAUGUUAUGUUUACAACACAGCAGGAGUGAAAACCUCGGACUUUUUUCAUCAUGUUUACACACCUGCCACCCUUUACUAGAACAGCACGUGCCAUAAAAACUGAAGGCUGAACUAAAGGAGGAGCUAAAUAACCGCAGCUCUGUUUUGGUUUUAUGGAUCCAGUUGUCUAACUGGAUUCAGUCUACGGCCCCUGAUCAGCCCCUAAUGGUCUGCUGGCAAGGUGCGAUCCUGAAUGUGGGACUUGGUGUCUAAAUGUAGCAGGGAAAAAAGAGGGGAAUUACAGAGCAGUUUAGCUGAAAUUGAGGCGACAGUGCUGACACUUUCCUCUCCAUGGUCUGUACACUUGAUAGUUCGCCUCUUCUGUUGUUGUUCUAAGCAGCCUAUUAGUUUCUCUUUUUCAUCUUGUUCUUGGUAGAAAAGUGUCUUGGCUAACUUGCCUUGAUAACUGUGGUGAAAAUGCAUGUAGGAGGUUUGGUUUUAUGAAGUAUAAAGUCAGAGUUCAGUCUGAAUUAGGAAAGCCCUUCAGAUUAAUGAGCAAUCGUUGCCCUAUUUAAAUCCUAAUUCUGGAGUAUAUUUUUAUGCAUUACUUUAAGAUAACAUCAAAUACUGUGCCAUAUCAGCGUUGUACAUUUGCCUUGCCAGAAAUCACUGAUUUGGAUACCCAUUGUCUUUUGGCUCUGAGUUCUAGUUUGUGUCUACCGAUGAAUGCUUCCACAGUUUUCUAUUCUUUAUUUAUUGCUGACUCAACCCUCAUUUGACCCGACAUUUCCAGCCUUGCCUCACGUCCAUGUGUGAUCAGACAGGCAGACCCAUGAUGUGGUUGCACUAUUCUCAUUUUAGACCUAAUAAAACACAAAAAGUUUCCUCCGUUGUAGAAAGAUUGACUGUUUUUACUGUCGUCCUUCCACCCCUUCUUCAUGUAAAUGACCCUCCUUGGGUGAUGUGGUGCUUCACCUUGAUUAAUAUUUUCAUGAAAAUAAAUGAA